AUGUCAGUUAUUAUCGAGCCCUCAGAUCAAUUAGAAUUUCACCGCCCUUUUACACGCGUGGUCAAGGAAUCAAUCCAUGUAAAGAAUCCCGGGGCAGAGCCUGUUAUUUUCAAAGUAAAGACCACUGCUCCCAAGCAAUACUGCGUUAGACCUAAUGCUGGACGUAUUGAACCCAAUUCUGAAAUUGAAGUGCAAAUCAUUUUACAACCCUUCAAGGACGAGCUCCCUGAGGACUUCAAGUGCAAAGACAAGUUUCUCGUACAAACUGCACCUGUUAGCGCAGCAUUUGAACAGAAUGAUAUCGCAAGCAUGUGGAGUUAUGUUGAGACAAAUGAGAGAGCUAGCAUGCAUCAACACAAGCUUCGAUGUGCAUUUGUUGGUCCCAGAGAGGACACUCUUCAAGUAAAUGAAACAACACAGACUUCUAUUCCCGAACCGGUUACAACUGCCGAUGAAAUUGCAUCAUCUACUAUUGCCCAUUCUGAGCCCUUACAACAACAACCUCCUGCUAUUCCCUCUCAUCAUGAUCAUACUACAGAAAAAUCCCUUAAAGAAAACAUGGCCUCUGCUGUGAAUGCUCCUGCUCCCAUUGUUGCUGCUGCUGCUGCCGCUGGUGCUGUUGCCACCCCAACAACAGCUUCUUCUAGAGAAACCUCAAGUGAAGCACCAGCACCUAUCUCUCCAGCUGUGCCCUCCCACUCCACCAUUGCUGCUCCUGUCGUUGAAACUGCUGCUCCGGCACCCGUUUCAUUAAACACAGCUUCAAUUACCGAGCCAAUGACUCCAUCAUCUGCAUCAGCAGCAACCACAACACAUCCUGCACCAUCAUCAUCAUCAAUCAAUACUGCAACCCCAGUGCCCGUCAGUCGAGCUGAUAACAGCAAUAAAGAAAAGGAAUUGAAAGAGGCCUUGGAGAGGAUCGCCUAUCUAGAGAAGCAAUUGAACGAUCUUAGAAAGGAGGAAGGACUUCGUGCUCGCAAUCAAACAGGUACUAGUUCUAGAAAGUUAGCAUCUACAGUUCAACCUUUGGAUGCGGUUCAUCAACAUUUGGCUGCUUUGGAAGAGCCACGCCCUACUGAGGGUUAUCCACCUCAAGUCGUUUUGGCAGUCGCUAUUUUCGCCUUCCUCUUUGCAUAUCUUUUUUUUUAA